CAAACAGAUUCUGGUUUUCCCCAAACCCCAAGAAAGACCAAGAAAAGAGAGAAAACAAAGGCAAACACCAAUACCAACACCAAAAAGCAUAUGUUUUUGAGGGACACCCCCACCCACCCACACGAGUGCAAUACAGAGAUAGAGACUAUUAUUUUUCCCCUAUAAACACCAUCUGACCAUAUUGCUGGUGUUGUAUAUUCACUGUAGAGAGAGAUCAGUCUCAAAUUGGACCCUUCUCACCUCAUAACAAACACAUUUAUAUAUUGGAGAGUGAGGAAGAAAGAGUGAGAAUCGUGUGGGUUCAUCUCUUCUUUUUGGUAAUGGUUAUUGCUGCCUCUCUCUUUCUCAUUCAACAGUGAAACCCCAUUUCAUUCCCUGUUCCCUUUUCUUAUAAAUUAGCAUCCUCUGUUUCCUCUGAUUCUUCCUUGCCUCAAAAUAUUUAAAACUUGUAGUUUUUUUCUUGCAAAAAAGCAAAGCAAACCCUUUGAAAUGGGCAAGAGGGAGAGUAGCUAACAUGGAAAUGCAAUUCACUUUUGAAUCUCUCUAGCCAAAAUCAAGCGAGAGGGAAAAAAAAAGGAAAGAAAGAAAGCUCCCUUUCUCAUAUUAUUCCUCUUUUUUAGGCAUUGUAGAAAGGAAUCCAUCUGGGUUUUUUUGAAGUUCUGUUAACUUUGAUUUUUCUAUCUGGGUUUAUCUGGUUUAGUUUUGGUCAGAAUGAGUCUAGAACACCUAAUGAGUGACAAGCAUGUUUUCAAUGGUUAUCAAGACAUGAACUUUUUGCCUCCACCUCCUCUUCCAGCUUCUCAACUUUCUCUCUCUCAUGCAUUUGGUGUUAUGGGUCAACCAAGAGAGAUAAAAACUAGUAAUCCUCAAAUGAAUUUUCAGAUUUUGAGCCAUUCAAUGGACCAGGACAGUAAACCAUGGAGCAUUCAACAGUUAGAAAUCUGGGGAGCUAAGAGACCUGGUGAUGGGAAUUUUGGUGUUCAAAAAACGAGCUUGUCAUUUAAUUCAGGUGAGCAAGAGGAGCCUAAAACCUCUGUUCAUGGUAGAAAUGGGAAUGCGAAGCUUUGUGCUAGAGGCCACUGGAGACCAGCUGAAGAUGCUAAGCUCAAAGAGCUCGUGGCCCAAUAUGGUCCUCAAAAUUGGAACUUGAUAGCUGAGAAUCUUGAAGGAAGAUCAGGUAAGAGUUGUAGAUUAAGGUGGUUUAACCAGCUAGAUCCGAGAAUUAACAGGAGAGCAUUUACUGAAGAGGAAGAGGAGAGACUCUUAGCUGCUCAUAGACUUUAUGGCAACAAAUGGGCUAUGAUUGCAAGGCUAUUUCCUGGAAGGACUGAUAAUGCUGUUAAGAACCAUUGGCAUGUGAUCAUGGCUAGAAAACAUAGAGAAAAUUCCAGCAUUUACAGGAGGAGAAAGCCCUCUUCGUCUGCUCAAAUCUUCCCUACAGGAUCACUAGAUGUCACUUUGCAAAACAAUGCUUGCAGUGAAUCAACAACCAUCUCUAGUACCAUUGAUGAAUCUGGCUCAACAUGCACUGAUCUCUCCCUCACUCCCUCUUCAACCAAAGUACCUCCUAGACUUUUCACCAGGUUCAGUCCUCAAGGUGGCCGAAGGGGUUCUUCGGUGGAUAAGGAAGUGACAAUGGAGAAUGUGGAUUUUGACAGGUUCUAUGGAAGUGAAGAUGGGUUUUAUCAAAAUGGGCCUAUUGGGGUGGUUAGGGGUGUGGACCAAUCUGGCCAGUCUGAUUCAAACUCAGAAGAUUCUGCAACUGAGUCAGUUGGCACAAACAGGGCCAAUCCCUCUCGCUGUGGUGACAAUGAAAAUAGGAAUGAGAAAAUCAACAUGCCCUUCAUAGACUUUCUUGGAGUAGGAGCUGCAUCAGAUAAGUUUGGUUUUCGGUAAAACUAAAGAAAGAAAAAGAAGAGCUGGUAACAAAGAUGAAAAAGGUGGGUAGUCUCAGGUGUCACUGACAAUGUUUAAAGAACAGUAAAAAGUUCCCAGGUAGAAAAAGAGAACAACGAUGAGGCGGUAAAAAGAACAGGGAAGAAAUAGUAGCUAGGAGCUGCAAAACAAUAAUCCACAGAAAACUUUGUAGUUUUGGAGUUAUCCUGCGGCAGCACCUGCAGCCAAUGUUAUUCCCUCUGAUCUGUAGCAUUGUGGCAAAAUCUUGUAUGUGCAUGAUGAGUGAGAGAGAGGCAAAGCCAAAGUUGGUUGUUUCUCUUCUGACUACUGACUCGUAAUGAAUGAAUCUGCCCAUCUUUCAUGA